CUAUUUAACAGUUGAAAUUUUAAUAUAAAAAAUAAAAUAGUAAUGAAUUUUGGCUCAAAAAGUCCGGAAUUUUAUCCUAAGUAUGCCCAUUAUGGAUCUGAUGGCCAAGGAAGAGACUCAUAUAUCCUUAAGAACAAUGGAGGCCUGUGAAAUGAACCUAGUAGGCCAGUAUUUGAAUCAACCAUGUAUUCAAGAGUGAAGCCUCACACUAUGGGGAAAGCACCCUUGAGAGAUGCUACAUCAUUCAAGUACAUCUCAGAUGGAAGUGGAAGAGAUUUUUACAUCACGCAUAACUCUGGAGGACUAGAAGCCCCUUAUUUUCCAGGCACAAGACCUUCAGAGUCCCAUUUCAUCACUUCUUUAAGAUCAGGAAAUAAGCACAUGGGCCAGAAAAAGAUGAUCACACCUGCGGAGAGACAAAAAAUGAAGAAGUGCCAGUCAGCGCAACGUCUCCUUGUACAAAGACUCACUGCUUCUUCCAAGGAAUGGAGAGAGAUUUCGAGAUAUAACAAGAUGAAAUCCCUCUCAAGAGAAAGAGAACUAAAGUCCCCUACAGCAGCUAAUCAAGAUAAGUUGCUGGAGUAUCAAACUAUCAGAAAUGAAACGCUUAAGAGACCGAUGCUUAUGUACAGCCACAUAAAUGGAAGCACUGGCAUGAAUGAAGAUGGAGGUCACUAUCUCUUCCCUGUACAAGCCAAAUCCACUCGAAAUUUGAACUUAAAAGAUAAAAUACAUCCGCUAAUGUUUGGGAACACUACAAAUACUAAAUCUGGGAUGAGUCUUCUUAAACCUAAUAACAAUGAAACUACCAAAAGAAAGCGUUCAAUGUUUUUUAAAAGAAAUUCAGGGUACCAAGGAAAACCUUCAGGAGAGGAUUUUAACUACAAGACGCUUGUUUCAAAAUAAGAACUCUAAAUUACAACAGUCUCAGAAAUCCUCGAUGGCUUCUAGAAGGAACUCUUUAAUCUCAGGAAAACUGUUGAUACAUAAGAACAAACAGCAGCAGAAACCAUCAGCUCAGAAAUAUGAUCGUUUUAACUAUUUGUAGACUUCAGCGUACACUUCCUGAAAAAGUGAUGAAUUUUGUAAGUUAGGCGAAUAAUUAUAUCGUCAUUAGUCUAUGAUUAACUGGCUGAUUCAAUAUU